AUGUGGCUCAAUCGCGCUUCAAAUUCACUGACCACGACAGCGGCGGCGGCUCUAUUCAUUGCACUCGCGCCGUUUGUGCAGGCACUCUGGCCCAUGCCCUCUGAAUAUCACGACGGCAAGAUUGGCGUCGAGAUCAAACGCAGUGACUUUAUGAUUAAGUCAAAUGUCACAUCCAGCUCCGUCCUCAACGCUGCCAUAGAGCGCUAUCAGUACCUCGUUGAGCACGAGUUCUUUGACUCACCUUACAGCUUUAACGAGGGCGCCCUCAAGACCUCCGGCUAUAUCUACUCUCUCCAAGUUGAUGUGCAGUCUGCCCAGGACGUGCUGGAUCUCGAAACUGACGAGUCGUACACUCUGGAGGUGCCAAUUGAAGGCAAGGCUGCUCUCAGUGCCAAGACGCCCUUUGGCGCUGUGCGCGGGCUCGAGACAUUCUCACAACUAAUUGUGGCCAACUCAGGGCGAAAGAUGAUCAAGAACGCGCCGAUUAUAAUCGUCGAUGCACCGAAAUUCACCCACCGCGGCAUUCUUCUCGACACCUCGCGCAACUUUUAUCAUGUCGACUCUAUCCUGAGGACUCUUGAUGCCAUGUCUUACAACAAGCUCAAUGUGCUGCACUGGCAUGUUGUCGACGCGUUUUCGUGGCCCAUCGAGUCCAAGGUGCAUCCCGAGCUGACAGAAAAGGGCAUGUACUCCAUGGACAUGCGCUAUUCAUACCAAGAUGUUAAGAAGAUUAUCAACUACGCCAAGAACCGUGCCAUCCGCAUUAUGCCCGAGUUUAACAUGCCUGCCAACACCUUUGUCAUCGGAGAAGCGCAUCCCGAAAUCAUGAGCUGCCUCAACAAGCAGCCCAAUUGGGACAAAUAUGCUGUCGAGCCGCCAAGUGGACAGCUCAAUAUUGCCGAUCCUCGCGCCGUGAGUUUUGCAUUCGACAUUAUCACCGAGUAUAGUCGCCUGUUCAUCGACUUGGGCUUUCACAUUGGCGGGAACUCUAUUAAUAUGGACUGCUGGAAGGAGGACCCCGUCAUCGAGCUGUAUGUACGCGAUCAUCCUGGCGAGAGCGUCGAGUCGCUGGCAGUCGGCUGGUUUACGCAGAUGGUUGGGAAGCUCGCCGACAUGGGAAAAAUACCGUUCCUCUACGAAGAACCGGACUCGGUCAGCAAGCUCGUCGACAAGGGUUACCGUGUGAUUGCUUCUCCGUGGAACAGAUACCACUUGGACUGUGGCCACGGAUCAUGGCUGUCCAACUUUGAGGGCAGCUCGUGGUGCGAUCCCUACAAGGGCUGGCAGCAAAUUUAUAACUACGACCCGCUUGCCAAUAUCACCGAGCCCGAAAAGCAGAAGCUUGUUUUGGGCGGCGAGGUCGUUCUGUUUUCCGCGCACAUCCGCGUUCGCAGAGAUCAUGUGGUCGGCAACUUCGACCCGAUCACGAAUGCCACUCGCGAUGCCGCCAAGGUUGCGCCCCGCUUAACUGACCAGAGAUUCCGCAUGGUGGCUAGAGGAAUCAUGGCCGAGCCGUUGCAACCACUGUGGUGCAUACGCCAUCCGGAAGCGUGCGUGCACCCUACCGUUGCCUCUUGAGUGCUCUCCCAACCCUGCGCAAAGCAAAGAUUUUAGCAGUGGGGUGUUUAUCCUAAUUCAUC